AUGAUGAUGAUGAUGUCACCGAGGAGGAGGAGGUGGUUGUUAACUAAAGGAACAACAUCAAAUGGAAGGAAAAAAAGCAUCAACGCUUCUCCUCUCUUCUCCUGCGUUGCUUCUCUUAACGACGACAACAACAACAACAACAACAACAUUAAAUCCAUCGUCAAAACGAAAUCUGUGGUGUUCGUUCGUCACGGCCAGUCCACGUGGAACGAAAGAGGGAUCAUCCAAGGGUCCUCCGACGAGAGCGUGUUGACGGAGUUGGGAGAAACGCAAGCCAGACGGUCGUACGAGUUGUUACGGAGCGAAAAAUUUGACCACUGUUUGAGAAGUCCGUUACAGAGAGCAUACAGGACGGCUGAAGUCAUAUGGGGCGAAGAAAGAAACAGAGAGAAGAUGGAUACUAUCGAUGAUUUGCGAGAGAUUGAUUUAUACGCGUUUCAAGGGUUAGAUAAGAACGAUAAAGAAACGAUCGAGAAGAGGGAGUUUGCGAACGCGUACGCGCAGUGGAAAACGGCGCCGGAGAAGUUUGAAGUGAGCGGACACUUUCCAGUUGUCGAAUUAUGGGAGAGAGGCGAUAAAUGCUGGAAAGAAUACAUUUUCCCGUUAGUGUUAGAUGAAUCAAAGUCGAUCGAUAGUUUGCUCGUCGUUGCGCACAACGCGGUGAAUCAAAGUCUGUUAGGAAACGCGCUGGGAAUUGGACCGGAAUAUUUUAGAAGGAUUUUACAAAACAACUGCGGCAUUACUAAAGUUGAACUCACAACUACAUCGCUGGGGAAAGAUAACAGUAACGAGUUGACACUCGUCAAAUUGAACCAAACUGGUGGAGGGAACGCUCCAAUUAAGAGCAAUGUGGAUGGUAAGCGGUACGUCGUUUUAGUCGCGGCGAAACACUUCGGAGACAAAAUGAACGAAGCCAUGGGUGAAAUCAAUACGAUUCACACGCUCUUAGCCGACGUUUCGUUUACGAGGAUCCUCUCCGUGUGCUCCGCUAGUGUCGAUACUAAUGUAGAGUGUGUUCUCACGAAAGGUCUCUCGGCGUUGUUCAAACAGAAGAACCUCGCGGAGUGCGUAAAAUUGGAAACCGACGCCUCGAAUGAAAGCGUUCAAGCCGCCGCGCUGGAAAGCACUGGAAAUAUUCUCGUCGUAGCAAGAGAUGAAAAGGCGUGUCGACAAAUACUUUCUGGCUGUUUGAACAUUCCUACACAUGUGAGCGAACGGAUCAAGGUAAUGCCUGGAGAUGGUGUCACCAUUGUUGAUGUAUCAAAAGGUUUUGACAAGUCUGCCGUGAACUGCGUGAAUUUUAUCUAG